GCGAGUGAAACCAUGGACCUUUCAUUUAUGGCAGCACAGAUCCCUGUGAUGACAGGUGCCUUCAUGGACUCCUCGCCCAACGAUGACUACAGCACGGAGCACUCGCUCUUCAACUCCUCGGCCAGUGUUCACGUGGCGACCGCCUCCGCAGCCUCCUCCUCGGCUCCGCCUCCACCCGACGACCAGCAGCACAUGUCCAGUGAUGCCAUCUGGCUCUGGAUUGCCAUCGUGGCCACCAUCGGGAACAUAGUGGUGGUCGGAGUUGUCUAUGCCUUUACCUUCUGA